ACGAGAUUUGUUUAUGGCGUAGUCGCAAAAUAUCAACUGGCGUUUCACCUUUAAAAUGACAGCGAAAAGUUAACAUUCCAAUCAAGAAUGAAACGUUAAAUUUAUAAAAUGGAAAGGCGAUAUACAGCCAAGAGUGAAGUGAAGCGUUUGAUGUCAAAGUCAUCGCUGAGUUGAGUUUGGACUGUACAUGUUUUAUGAUGUCAAUUUUGUGUAAAACACGGCCACAGUUUCCUGUACAAAAACUACCGCCUGUUUUCAACAAGAGGCUUUUUAAAGCGCAAGCGGGCAUUGUACUAACGGACAAAAUUCUCUACAUUUUGCAACGUCCUCUAAGCCAAAGGCGAUCGACCGAGGAACUUCACACGAUAAAACCAGUUGUAUCGGCGUUGAAGGACAUACACAAAGGCCUCCAGUUCCUUAAGGAAGCUCUGUGCUUUGUUGUCACGUACGAAAAAUUCGACGCAGAUGUCGACAUCUUCAAGAAAAAUGGAGAGAAAUGCUUGUCUUGUUAUUACAUUUUGAACGGUUCAGUGGAAGCAAGGUAUGCGAUAAGCAACGGUGUUUUUAGUCAAGGCGAGAACUCGCCGAAAAACCCAAAUGACUGUGAUAUAAACUAUACUCACGUGGCAGGGGAAUAUCUGGGCUUAGUGUCCGGAGAUGGUCCAGAAUUUGAUUAUCCACCGCCUGAUAGCAUACGAACUAUAGAAGUUAGCGAGUUUAUACGGGUCGACCGCGAGCAGUUUCAUCGAGCAGUGAAAAAAGUUCAGAAUAAAUAUGUUCGAGAGAUUGAAAAUUUUAUUGAGGAGGUUCUUGCUUUAAAAGCUCUUCCCACGGACGAGAAGAAGAAAUUAGUUGCUAUGAUGGCCAGACAGGUAAGAACAUUAUUUUAUACCUUUGUUUGUUAUAUACAUGAUUUAAUGAGGAUUUUCCAAGCUUUUCUUUUUUCCUGUCGUGUUUAUUUUUCGCGGCGGCGAAAUGCAAGUUUGGUUGUUAUAACUGAUCUCAUUACAAAGUCAAAGCAGGGUGUUUGUUCUCUGUUGGAAACUAAAAUAAAAUAAUAUUUGAUAGGAAUUUUAUGUCUCCAAUGGUAACGAAUCGUUUAAGAAAGGAUGCUUGAAGUACAUAUGCAUGUAGGAGCAAAGUUUUACAUUUUUCAUAGAUAAGACUGAAUUUGAACUUUAGUUUGCAUUUUUAUGUUGCUUGUAUGUGAAUUUUCAAUCGGCCUUGGACAAAAAGGAACCGUAAGUCUUAAGAGAUAACUGGAGUAACUUGUUAACAUACUUUUUAAAACAUCAAUAAAAGCGAAAACUGUACAUUUUAUCGUAACGACAGGCUGCCCAUUAAGUCCCAUUUUACUGAUUGUAAUUAUCGUGACCUAAAUAGGUGAUCUUACGUUAGAACCAAUGACACGUUCAUCAUUUCGAAGCAAUUUAUUUUCUUAUGGUCAUUCUCUUGCUGAAAUAUAGACUUUCGUUAAAUUUGAUUGAACCACAUGCUUACUCUCCCGUGUUUGAUGGUUGGAAAGAUCAAAAGUCUUAAUUUUGAUCUCGGCCUUAUCACAAUAUUUGGCUUUGCUGGUGACAUUUGUGUUUGUUUUGUUAAUUUUAAAAGCUUGCCAAAGCGGUUUUGUUUACUGUUUCUCUAGUUUGUCGAUUCUAAGACAAGCAUCCCUUUUAUGGAGGAGUAGAGGUUGUUACGUUCUCUUCGCCUCAGCCAAUGGAAACCGGAAUGAACUCAAGCCAGAUGAAUGGCAACUUUUCCCUAUCACAUUUUACUUCGGCAAGCUUAUUUCCAGUUGAGCAAAUUUUCCUGAGUAAAACCUGACAUUAUGAGACUUGCGGCUAUGUCGUACUUUAUGAAACCCGAAAACAGAGGGACACUUAAUAUUACAGCCUUAGUUUCGAAAUGUGCUAAUUUUCGUUUUUAAUUUAUAUUACUCCAUUACUUGUUCUCGUUAGGAAUAUCCAGCGGGCAAAGUUAUUGUGAACCAGGGAGAUCGGCCAGAACAUCUAUUUUUUGUGGCAAAAGGUAAUGUCCAAAUGUCACUUUAUGAAAAAUCUGUUGAACGCAGGUUGCUUUAAUUUUUUUAAAAGAGAACAGUCUUCCAUGUGCUUUCUCACACAGCCGUUCUUUGCCUCGCCACGCAUCGCUGUUGCCAUUCUCGUCCACACUUUGUACAAACCACGUGACCAAAAGAAACGACAUGAUUCGAGGGGAAAGAAGGUAUUGUUGCGUGACGUAGGAGGAGCCCAUAACCCGGAAAGAGCAACUUCCAUGCGCUCGUGUCACGGCGUUUUCACGGACCAGUUUAUUUUUAGAACGGUUUUGGGGCGAAUUUUGAAUAUCUUUUAGAUUCCACAAACCAGUCUGUCAGCAAAACCUACAGACUCAAAAAUGAUAUUUUUUGCCUUUUAAUAACGUUUAGUUUUCCUUUUUGAUAUCUUAUACUUCGAGUGCACCCAUAUUUUAUUUUUGCGGGAAAAAGUGCCCUAAAAUGUGCCUAAAAAUAAACUGGUCCGUAAAAACGCCGUGACAUAGGCCUAGUAUGGGAGUUGCUCGCUCCGGGUUAUGGGCUCCUGACGUAGUACUGAGACUCUCUGCGCGUGACACCAUUUUACUUGUUGACUUAAGGCCAAUGUAGAUUGGCUCUGGCGCCUAGCCUUCUUAACGAUGCGUUUUCGGUGAAAACUCUCAGCGUACUUGUGUGGACGAAAGGACUAAACGCAUCGAAAUAUACAAUGCAUAAACAAAAACGCAUUGAUUUGAACACGUUCUUGAAAGUGGAUCAAAACGAAAACGCAAUCAUAUCGCAUAAGAGAAGACGGUCGAAAACGAAUCAAAAUGUAAACGAUGACCAAAGAUAUCGCAGGCACGUGUGUGCAGCAUGUGCAUAGAGCUCAGCUUACGUCACAACGUGAAAUUCUAUCGUUUUCGAACGUUUAAGUGUGGACAGUCGAUAACGCCUCAAAAUGGUAGUAUGGACGCGAAUCGAUCGAUGCGUUUUCGAUGACAACGAAAACGCAUGUUUUAAAAAAGGCGUUAGUAUGGACAGGUUAGGCCUUAUUCUACUUGUGUAAAUUGGUUAAUUCAGGUAGAUGUCAGUACUACAGAAGCGUCUUUAUUGAAGAGGUUAACAGAGAAGAAUUGGUAAAACUAGGACAAAUUGAAAAGGGUAAGUCACACAACGAGUUUUAAAUCCGAUAUAAAAUCGUUAGGUACAUUAAGGCUCUUAUAAUUAUAUCCCAUUUAGGUAGAGUUAAUCAUGUGUGUGCGACCCAUUAGAAAAGGCUGCAUGGAACGAGAAUGCAGAAGUUUCAUUCGAAAAAACAAAUAGAUACAACGCGGGAAACGUUACAGUCUGAUAAUUAAAAUAGAAAGUCAAAAGAAGUUGAAUGAUUUUUACUUUGUUAGUAAGAUACCACUUACAGUACUCUCUUGCCAAUAUCCGACAUUGUCACAACUUGGGGCUUGCAAAGGCACGUGGACGACCCAGAUUUCUUUCUUGACUUUCUUGCUGUAACGCUUUUUUCCCCUGGGGGAUAGGAAAAGUGGAGAAUAGACAGCCUGCACAAAGGUAACAAGCGAUCAGGCCUUUUUUUUCGAGGAAGCGCGAGGGCAAAGAAAAAUAGAAAUAAACCAAAGAAAAAUAGGAAAAAAGACCACCUGAUAGCAGGUUAAUUAGCAAAAAGGGCUCAGUUGGGGAUGCUUAAGUGAGUUGGAGAAAAGCAAACAAGAAAGAGUCCUAUUACCCUACGUAACCAGUUUUAAUUAAUUCAUUAUAUUGUAGGUCAAUUCUUUGGCGAGUCAACUGUUCUCGACUCCAGUCCAUGUUUUUGCAGCGUUGCAAGCAUCGGUCCAGUCACUUGCUUUCUAGUUAACAAGUAAGUAAGGUUUUUGUUUUCGUGUUACUUAUGUUCAAAACGAUAAUUGUUUUUCGCAAAAUUUAUUCAAAAAAGAGUUUAGGUUUAGAUCAGAAUCGCUUUGGUUAUUUUCAACCAACAUCUUUACCGUGGCGUUAGGUGUAAAACUGCAAUAGUUAGAAAGUAAGACCAUAAAAGUUCUUAUGUUCAAGUGACAGACAUAUAUCCUGCAUUAACUGCUACGGACUGCAAAGUACAGGACUCCUGGGAAAGUACGAUAUAGUUGGACAUAAAUGUAAAUAUUUUAAGCCCGGUGAAUUAAAAUAAGAACUUGCUCCAGUGCUGUAAAAGACUGGUUUGUGUAUUCGUUUACGAGUAGCAUGCAACUCCAGAGAUAGCCAGAAAGUGAUUUUCGUCAGAGAAUUGCUAAUUUUAAGACUUGAGAUCAUUUUUCAUCAGCACUAGUAUAAGCGUAAAUUAACAACUUAAUGAUCAACAACUUAACGUAGUUAUACGCCAGGAAUUAAAUUUAAAAAAAUGUCUCUUUUUGUCUACUUUUUAGUUGGGCGUUAAAAGCAAACGAAAACAUUAUUCGCAUUCUUCGUGAAAACCGUCGCUAUUUCUUCAACGAUGCCGACAUCAAGCAGUACAUCCGGGACAGUGAUAUCUGGCAGAGCUUUAAGAGGUGCACUAUAACCGAGCUCCUGGAAAUGGCGGGAAAAUGUAACACGGCAAUCGAUAGGAACGAGAUAACACCCAUACUCUCAAGGGCUGUGGAAUACGGAGACGCCAAAAGGUAACCAAAAUUUUUAUUUUUGUUAGCGAGUGCUAAAUGAAUGCAAAAUUAUUGGAAAAUGUGGUCCACCAGGAGGAGGUGAUAUCCUACACUCAUCACCAUUGCUAGACCUCUUUAUGGGGUCAUCAUUAUCAGCAUCAUCAUAGCUCUUAAUGUCAUUAUCUUAUCGUUAUUAUCAUCAUCAUCAUCAUCAUCAUCAUCAUUAUCAUCAUCAUCAUCAUCACCUUCACCACCACAUUUUCAAACAGGGCCUUUCAAGAGCCAGCACUGCCAAGUUUGGGAAUUCACCCUAUCCCUCACCCUGAUUCUGAGGACUGUUCAAAAACGUGUUUAACAAGUAAAUAAUAAACCUCUAAGGUAUUGUUUUAAUUAAAUCCUUGCAGGAUUUCGUUAAAAAUACCAAACCACGAUGAUGAGAUUCCUGGCGCACCGAAGAAAACCGAGCAACUCUUCGUAACACCUAGGUCCUCAAGACGAAGAUCAUCCGCCAUUUUGAAUUGUAGCGCUGCUGCGGUCGUAAAAGCCGUCCUGUUACUAAGAAGAUCAUCGGAGGAUAACAGUGACAACACAAUGUCCCCUUCAUUCCCCUCGAACAGAUCCAGCCCAUUUCAGGAUCUGACCAAAUUCAGGACGGCUGAAAUGUUUAAACCCAAGAGUGCGCCCACGAGAAAGUCCCGUAAAUUCCAAGAAAAAUCAAAGUCGCCUACACUAUCUCGCCGACCAAAGAGCUUUAAAGUAAACAAGGAUGUGUUACGACGUCCGAAAACUACAGAAUUAGCUUCUGCAAACACAGAUCAGUUACCACGCUCAAAAGUAAGAACUACAGUGAAAAAAGCGCGAUCUCAUAGUGGAAAAGAGAGGAAAGAGGAGGAAAGAGGAAAGAACAAAAAGCAGAACAGUCAAACUUUUAAAUGGAAGAAAUCCGGGAAUUUCAAUGCAUUAAUUGGUACAAAUGUAAAUUCAGAAAAUACUAAAACGUCCCUGAAAGAAGCUACCAUAAAUGUGAUAAGUAGGACAGAUAACCCAGGGUUUCUUCCGUCGGGUGCAAUUGCAGUCGAGAAAUCUGUCGCUCAGAAACCUAAUGUAGUUAUCAAAGAAAUCAUCAACACGGGAAUUCCCGGUCGACGUUUUUCGCCCAAAAGCUAUCGUCGAUUUGAUAGGAGCAUCUUUGACGUCCUGGAUCCCAGCUCAUCGGAUGAAGAAAAUUCUGGCGCCAAGAGCCCGGGUUUGAAUCUAUGGAAUGUUUCGUUUGCCGCCAGCAAGUGGAUGGGCAGUGUUCGACAAAGGAGGAAGAGUGAACGCGCUCAGGAGUUAAGCGACGACACAGGUCAACCACCAAUUAUCGUGAUUGAAGAUUGGUCACCUGAUACUGGGUCAACAACUGGAAGAAAUGACGAUACUGACGGAUCACAACUGGCCGCAGGCCGGAAGACGCCGUCGAAGAGGACGAGUCGAACGCCGACUCCUAUACUGAAUGACGUCACGGAAGAAAGCGAAGAAGAGAUCAGGAAGUAUGAAGAUGAACUUGCGCCUUCUGAAAGGUACAGUUAAUGUCAUUGGUAAAUAAAGUUAAUUAUAUCAUUGGUAUGACACUUUAGGAAAACAAUGAAAGUUUAUUUGUACUUCACAACUAGCUUAAGGAUUUAAUGGGGCCUAACAGCAGUAUCAGGUACCCUUUCUCCCCCUUAUUGCGUCCACCGGCUGAUUUACUAAUACUGAUAUAUUUGUGUGUCACCUUUCUCUAUUAGUUCAGUAGUUAGCUCUUUAUCUGGAUGCUUCUGCUUGGCAUCAUUGCAAAAAAGAACCCACACAUCGAUCCGAUGCAGUAUGGGUUAAAAUUUAAGCAAUAGAAGACGUUUUCCGUGUUUGCGUAGCCUGAUGUAAACACGAGAGGGGUUGGGAGAAUUCGAGACACUGGAGAUAGUUAUGCAAACCCGAGACGAAGUCGAGGGUUUUCAUAAUUGUCGAGAAUUCUCCCAACCCCUCGAGUGUUUAUAUCAGGCUAUGCAAAUACAGGAAAAAAGUGUUCUGUUUCUUUCAUAAAUUAAAUUUCCAAGAGAAAACGCAAAGUUCGUUGUUAUGGCCCUGAUUAAAAUAGCAAUUCUUAUCAUGAAGUCUUAAACGCGUAAUUAGUUCUUGUUUUGCAAAAACGAUGCUUUCUAAAAUAUGGAUUUUUCUCGCUUAAAAUGUCAGCUUAAGCGAAACAAAUUGACACAGCAUGUUUGUAAUGAUUUUCCACGUUUCAGCCGACGAGGAAAUGGGUAAAUAAAGUGAACUUGUCGAGUUUUCAACUCAAAAAAAUUUUCACAUUCGUGCUUGCCUGAUUAGCGCCCGAAAAGCAAAACAUCUUGACGUCACAACCAUGUUGACAGACAUGCAAACACCCCUCUCGGUCAAUCAGAGCGCGCGUACUAUCUUAGUUGUAUAAAAAAGAUAUCAAACUUACCCUUGUCAUUGUACUUAUACUUCAAGCUUCUAAAGGAAUGAGUAAGACUUGCAUUGCUGGUCGUUGCUCGUAAAAUGUUUUGCAUCUGCUAUAGGAUAGGAUAAGGAAACCGAAAGCAAACGUGGAAUUGCACACAUUUAAGGUAUAUUAUCCCACUGAUCAGCAGUUACUAGAUUUAGAUACCUAGUAAUGCACAAAAAAAUAUGUGUAGUCUGACCCUUUCAAAUUGCCAGCCCAUUGGCUACUGAAAGGGACACAGUCAGCUAUGGGACGCGCUGACCUGGACACUACUUUUGCCGGUUUGAAAAGAGUUUACUUCAACCCGAAAUCAAAUGUACGCGUCGGCUACAUCUAGAAAUCCGCUUCAAUCUUGCCUAGUGUUUCAUUCGAUCCUCGAUCUUUUAAGGAAAACCUCCUUUUGAGCAAAUUUAACCCAUCCUAUGACAUUAUUUUAUCAUAUUUGGUUAAAAACAGUAUCUAAAGGAACAUGAACAGAAGAGAUGAGAAACGCGUAGGCGCCGGGCGGAAGAAAUCGCUUUCGUUUACUAAAAAAACAAAAGAAAUGAAUCAAUAACAUUGGCGAGCAAAUAAUCGUUAUAUGUAUUUGGGAAAUCGAUGGAAAGGGUUACAUACGUUUGGAAAAAUCAAGAUUUCACGAUCUUGAAAUGGUAUCUAAUGCGCAUGUGCAAUCAGCUGACUGUGUCCCUUUAAUUUACACCUCAAGCCUAUACUGAAGCAUAUGUUUUCAUCAAGGCCUUCCUCACUAGCGCACAAGCUUCUUAUGCUUUUGUUUAUGCUUGCGUCGUUGGUGAGGGCCGACCAGGUUUUUUCUACCCUUCUUGUCCCGGUUGGGAAACAGGUCACAAUCAUACCCCGCCACUGAAUCUUUUCCGUGCUUUUCCAUGUGCUCCUCCUUAUGCUCGAUCGAUCUUUUGGUGGUCCCCCUUAUUAUUUCUUAGCUGGAGUCCAUCUCACGGUAACUAUCCUUUCAUUGAGCAUCCUCCGGACAUGCAUGUCCAACAUUUUUGGAAUUGCAAUAUUUCAUUGAGAAUCAGUAUAGCAACGAGGAAGAUACCGUUUCGAUCUUGUGAUUGUUGAACAGACGUUUUCAAAAUUGAAAUUCACUUAUCUUGGGAUAAAAAAUGCUGUUGGCCCCUAUAAUUUAAUACGAACGGGUGAAAACUAUGAUCCGGCUCUUGGAACCUGCUUAUACGUAUCAAUUAGAGACCUGCAUGGCAACCUCUAGAAAUAUAUCCCAUUAAAUAAGACUUUAAUCUGUGAUAUCAUUAUAGGCCCAACAAUUACAGUAUUCACAUUUGUUUCCAUUCAGUAAGGGACAUUCUAAAGCUUACAGAAGCACCAUUGUUUUAUAGAAUCAAAGGAACACCUACUUUGGAGCAAUUGUUAUUGUUAGUCUUCGUCUAUUGACUACUUUUACUUUCAACACGCAUUUGUUUCCACCUAUUUUAACCCAAUCACACCUCAACCGCAAGUAGCCUGUAAAUCCACGUCCCUUGUACCACUCGUGACGUUAUCACCUUCAAAGAUUAUUGACAUUGCCUGUAAGGGAGGAGGGGGUAGAGGGAGGAGGCGCGUUGGCAAACAGGAUCUUUUGAGCCAUACCGCAUAAGCGUGUUUCUGUUAAACAUGCCAGAUAUCCUACUCCUAGCAAGCCUUUCCCGGGAGUUAAACACCUAUUUUUGUUGGUCACUUUAACCCGCACCAUCUGCAGUCUCAGACAAAAAUAGUUGGGACACCAAUAUUGGGAGGGCAAGAAGACGGAAAACUGUCCCAACAGUUUCGACCGAGACUGUGAGUUAAGUCAGUUUUUUCGUCCUCUUCCUCUUCCUAUUGUUUUUCCCAAUCACUGAAUCUUAAAUCUCGCCUUGAAUCGGUACGAGUACGUUCAAAAUUUUGAGUUUCCUCCGACUGGCACUUGUAAUUUUUUCGUUAUUUUGAAAUGUAUUAAAAGAAAAUUAAAGUAACCAAAAGCAUUUUCCAUUAAAAUUAAGAAUCUGUGCAAAUAGGUCACGCCAACGCCUUCAAAGUUUCGUUACGCUUUUCCUUGCUAAUGGAGAGCUUUAGAUUCUGGGACGAGGACGACUACGAGAUUUUCUCAAACUAACAAGAGAGAAUGAGCUAGAUCAUUCUCUCUUGAUACUAAGUAGUGCUCGUGCGUGAACUCGGGUAGCGUCAUUUUGGCGGCAAAAUGUGAUAGCUGACGUCUUUCUACUAAGAGUUUUAUAGUGAGAAUGUCGUAGUGGCAGUUAUCAAAUCUUGGAAGUUUUAUCGUUUUCUGUUCGGGACAGGGCUUAAUCUUUCAAUAAAGAUAACAGUGCUAACGUUUAUGGUAAAAAGGGUACAGUGAAGCACUCCGGGGUGUCUAUUUUUUUUUUCAAUAGGCGAAAAAAACUUUAAAUCAAAUCUCGUACUCGUAGUCGUUCUCGUCCUUGAAUCAUGCUAAAGGUCUCUAAUGUUGUAUUGAUUGUUACUUUCUAUUUGACAUGCGCAGAUGGUACACCUCAAUUCACGAGGUUCAUGACGCGUGCAAACAGCAGCUGAUAGAUUUCAAGAAAGAUGUUGAAAACUUGGAGAAACAACGAGAACGCUUAAAGCGCCAGAAGAAAAAGACUGUAAGUGGGAAUGAAGAUGUACCAGGCGUGGAAGAGACAAAGGAGGAGGAAAUAAAAACAAGUAAGACAGAGGGGAACAGCUUUUCUGAAAAGGUAGGAAUUAGAAGAAAAUUAAUAGUGGCGAUUUAGGACUUGCUGACGGUAAAAUUGAUGUCAAUCUUCCGAUAAACCUUUAGAAGUAAUUCAAUAGAAGUUUUUGCUUUAAAGCUCAUAAAGUUGUCACAUCUCAGAUAAGCAUUGACCCAAGGCGAGACGUUAGAAAGAGCAGUGUUACUGUUUCUUGGUCAAACGAGCUAUACGUUAAAUAUUUUCAAAAAACCCGGCGUGUGAAAACUUUGCCUUCCAUUUACUGUUCUUUCGUUUUUCGAGAAGUUUUUCUAUCUAGCUAGGCUGGAAACCUUUAAUUAUAUGAGUCUAGGUCAGGAAGAACUCUACAAAAUUAGCAGGCCGAUCCUCUAAACAUUGAAUAAUUAAGGUAGGUUGAAAGGCCGGCGUAGUUCAUUGUGCUACAAUUCCCAGAACUAAUUAACGAAAGUUUGCAUACUAGAUAUAUAGUAUCCUCGCGUGGUUAUAAACGAUCUUGAUGGAUAAUUCAAUUAACAUAUACCCUCAUGGAUUAUAUUGUCACCGUUUCCUACAGGAAUGACCAAAAGGUGAUAUAUUUUAAUCCCGUUUUUUUGUCACUUUUUAUUUGAAAAUUCAGGUCGAACGCCCAGCAACAGGAAUAAACGUUCGAACGCGCAAGGUAUCCUUGAAUGCAGGUAGACGGAAUCGAUCCAAGACGUUUUCCGAGGUUAGUAAAGUAAAAAAAAAAAAACAAAAAUGAAUAUCCAUGUUAAGACAAUUGUAAAAUUCUGACACUGUCAGCCAAAGUUCUUGUUUUUGUGCAUGGUCUUAUCUUAAGAUUUUACCAUCUUUCAUGAUUUAUCCCUUUAGUUUACAAUGCUAUAUUUGGGAAUUAUUGCAUUAAAAAAUAAUGGUACCAUCUUUUCGUUUGCUGGACUUCAAGUACAUGAGCUGAGAGUCGUCAAUAGAUUUUUAGGGAUCCUGGAUUUCAAUGAGUUACUAGAUUUGUACGGGUUGGGAUCCCCUCUUCCCUCAUUGUAAUUCUCCACUCCAGAAACUUUUUUUUUAGGGCGAUUGGGUAUAUGCUUUCGGAGCAACGAGUUCUUUCCUCGUUUUGGCCGGACAAGCGUUACUCAUAAUUGGUUAAUUGUUGCCUAGAAUACCAUCCACCAAUCAUAAGCAACGUUUGUUAACCCAGAUGAUCCCAGAACUCGUUGCGCCGAAAGCUUGUACCCAUUCCCUUUUAGUUUCUGGAGUGGGGAAUAAGGUUGCGUAUGCCCUGGAUCCCUACACAGACUGGCUUCCUAUUGUGAUUGAUAACUGGGGAUUCAGUGAAAUCUCGCGAGUAAGAAGCUGCAUUUUCUCAAGUUAGCCUAGAGAGGUUCUUACAUAAAUUGUAAUUAGCACAAAUUAAGGAUGUCUCUAAAGAGGAUGCUGAAUGUUGACUUAUCUCAUUUUCCCAGGUGUACAGCAUUCAGUAAAAAUAGAUUUUAGAAAAAAAGAACCUGUUUCAAAUUUUAAGCUGAACAGGUUCUUGUAUUCUUGGUUUGCAACCACGUGACAAGGCGUCCACGUUGGGGUCAAUACAAUAGAAUUUACAUGAAAAUAGAGUUUAGUUCCCAGAGGAAAGAGAUGCUUCCACCAACAAGGCCGUCGUGACGUCACGUGCAAACUGGCAAUAGUUCCCAACCAGAGGUUCUUAAAAAAACAGGCUCUUACCCACGGAAUUUUACUGUAUGGUUAUUUUCCGUGGGGAGUGUGAUGACAGGUGGGACUUUGAACAGUCUUUGAAAACGAAGCGCUUAAAAAUCAACUUCUGGUUAUAACGUAAAUAUAUGUAAUUUUUCGCUCACUUGUUCAACAAAUAUGCAAAUUUCUUGAAACAAAAGGAAUAUUUUGGCGGCAGAUACGGUAGAACAUCGAUUCAACGAACCUCCAUAUAACGGAACAGAAACUCGAUGUAACGAAAUCGUCAUUAUAUAUAACGAACACAAUCCAGAAACGCAAACGUCAAAUAUAGCUCGAUAUAACGAAUAAAUUUCAACAUGUGACCAAAAGAUAGCUAAAGAUGUAUGCAAACAGACCAACGAGGAUGAAAUUUAUGUGUAAAGUAGUUUUAAGCAGUUUUGUUUGCGUAUUCUUGUGUUUCUUGGGUCGUAGCUGCGUACAGCUCAGAACUGACACAAUAGCUUCGGAUGCAAAUGUUUAUUACAGAAAAUUUCCGGAUUCGGAAAUGCUAGGCGUUGGAAAUUAAUCAUUAACUUUACCUCGAUAUAACAAACAUUAUGAUUGUUUUCUCAAAAAUUCGUUAAAUCGAGGUUUUCGAUAUAACGAACCCUCGUUAAAUGAUUUUUGGUAAACCAACACGGCUGGUUUGGAACACCUGUACACCGAUAUGGCCGCCAUGACUCAUUGAAAACGAUCCAUAUUCAGUCUUGUGCCGAGUAAUUUUUAAGCGAAAUAUUAUACCCGUACCUCUGUUCUAACAACGGCAACAAAUAACAAUUAUUCACCAAAGUGGAGGUGGCCGCGUUUACCACUAGCCACUGACACUGAGGUGAAUAAUUGUUUUAGUAUAUACUAUCCACUGUUUUAGUAUAUACUAAACUAGGAUAGUCACCGUAGACUAGUAUAUGAUGAACUUUAAUCAGUUUCAACCUAUUUUGUUUAAGGUUCCACUUGAACAAAAAAGAGAUGACCAGCGACUUCGUAGGACCCAGUCUCUUGGCAGGUUUCGCCUCCUUAGCUUCUCAGCAUCGGAUGAAGUUUUAAGGUCACAGUCGAGUAUUGGGGAACAGUGGUCGGGGGUGUUUGAAAAUGAGGAGGAUAUUGACGAGCCGCACCAACAAACUCAGCACAUUCGCGUAAAGUCCAGCAGAAUUGAAAGACGAAAUCAGCUUCUUAGAAAGAAAAUGGAAGAACUAGAGAAAAACAUCAAACAUACAAAACAUUGUUCAUAGCCGCACAGAACUGUAGGACUUUUAUUGUGAAAGCGAGUGCAAAACAUUUGCUGAAAGUCUUAAAAAUCAAUCUGAUUUCGAAUAUGGACUGUUAAGGGAAAAUAAAAGUAUUUGACCCGUCAUAAUUCAAAUCAGGCAAAACUGUUCGCUUGUCAGGAGCCAGGAAAAAAAUCACAUGUGAAAAAUAUCACGGGGACACCGCGGAAGAAAACUCCUCCACGAAAUAUGACAGAAAUACAAAUCUGGGCCAAGAAUUUUUUUUUGCAAAGUCAUGUGAAAUCUUAUUUGCAUCUUUCCAAAAGAAAGAAAGUCUCCGAUUCCAUCUAGAUCUAAUCUUUCCUCUUUCUGGUGAUCAGGGUAGAUCCAUUGAUCUCGCACAACCACGUUUUAUUCUGUAGGACUGUCAUCAGAUGGACAUAUGAUACAACGUUUCACAAGACGCUUUCUCGUGAGUGGGGUGAGGAGAGAGAGGUUUUACACUAAAAAACAGUAGCCCAUAAUGGGUUUCUGCAUACAGUCCCUUUAUGUUCAUUUGCGUACAUUUAAACUGCUUUUUUUUUCUCAAAGUGUUACCCCGAUCCUUUGCAAGUAAGCGCAAUAUUAGGACAAUUGCACGAUGACGCCAUUUUACUACAAUUACCAGAAUGCUUCAGUUUGUUGUUUUCUUGUGCAAAUUAAGGCUGUUGUUUUUUAAACCUCUGCAGG